AUGGUGAACACGUAUUCUACCAACUUGCCUAUUCCUCAGCCAGUUCCAAAAUUGUCUAACAAUGUGUUUGACCUAUUUUCUCUCAAAGGGAAAGUGGCUGUCGUGACUGGUGCAUCUUCAGGUAUCGGUUAUGCAGUUUCCGAAGCGUUUGCACAGGCAGGAGCUUCUCUUGCCUUGUGGUACAAUUCCAACACGGAAUUGGUCGAAAAAGCCAAGAUCAUGGCUGAAAAAUACAAUGUUAAGGUGAUUACCUACAAGUGUCCAGUGACAGAGGAACCUAAGGUGAAGGAAACCGUAGAGCAAGUGGUGAAGGACUUUGGAAAGAUUGACAUUUUCAUUGCUAACGCGGGCGUGGCAUGGACCAAAGGGUCUCUAAUCAAUGCAACAGAACAAGGUGUAGACGAGUCCGAAUGGAAAAAAGUCAUGCAUACAGAUUUCGACGGUGUUUACUACUGUGCCAAGCACGUUGGCCCUCAGUUCAAAAAGCAGGGAAACGGGUCCAUGGUGAUCACCGCUUCCAUGUCCGGCCAUAUCGUGAACGUCCCUCAGUUCCAAGCUUGCUACAAUGCAGCAAAGGCUGGUGUUCUUCACUACGCCAAGUCUUUAGCCAUUGAAUGGACUCCCUUCGCCCGGGUGAAUACUGUUUCUCCAGGUUACGUUGAAACUCCAAUCACAGUUUUUGCAAACCAAGAACUGAAAGACCACUGGCGCCGCCUCACCCCAAUGGGUCGUGAAGGUGUGCCACAAGAACUAGUAGGUGCAUAUCUCUACUUUGCCUCUGAUGCCUCAACCUUCACUACUGGGUCUGAUUUGAUUGUUGACGGUGGUUACUGUGCCGUUUAA